AUGCCCAGCAAAAGCCAAAAUCUCGGGGUAUUUUCUGACGCUCGGAACCGAAGACUCGCGCAAAGGCUGGACAAGUUUCGCACCGAGCUUGGCGAGCAGCGCCAGCUGCGUGAGGCAGUCGAGAAAGAGAAGAGUUACGUCGAGCUGGGUGGAAGCCGACAGCACCAAGAGCACACUGCCCAGAUUCGAGUCUUGCGAUCGGCUUCAAAACAUCUCACCGAGCGGCUUGAUUGCUUGGAGUCUUCGAGCGAGUCCCAGCAGCGAGACCACGCAGCCUCCGAGGCGGAGGCUGCGAGGCAUCGAGAAGCCUUAGAGGAACGUGCCCAGGCCGCUGAAACCUGGGGCCAGGAGCUUGCGCGCCGGCUUCAGGAGGCCGAGGAUCGCCAUCGAGAGAUCCAUGACGAAAAAGAGGCGCUUCACCUUAAGAGCCAUGGUCACAUCACCGAGGCACACUCCUUCAUGACUCGCCUGCUUCACGCUCUUGGGCACAAGGCUGACGAGCUUGUCGCGUUUGUGUCCGGCCACAGCCAUGGAGAUGAGCAGGUGAUGCGGACCAGUGCGGAGCUGGAGCAUCUGAAAGCAUCAGGAGGGUCUCCAGAGGCACUUGUCACUCGUGCCUUCGCGGGGCUGUCGCAGACUUUGGCAGCCUUGGCACGAGAGAACACAGAGCUGCGAGCAGGGGGCGGCACGCCAACUAGCGCCACCAUGAGGCGGCGACCUGCACCAGCAGCUGCGACGGACGUUACUGUCAGUGAGGUGCAGACCAAGAUGGCCUCCCUCCAGAAGGAGCUCAUCAAGCUGCGAGAGCAGAACCAGGACUUAGAGCUGGAGCGGAAGCAGCUCCUCAGCAGUUCCGGGAAUGGCUCGGCGUCCCAGGAGGCUGAGGCAGCUCUCUCGGACAUGAAGCAGCGAAUGAAGAUGGUUUCCCAGGCAAAGCGACGUGCAGAAGAGCGUGUCGAAGAACAUCAGCAGGAAAUUGCUCGUCAAGCGCGGGUGCACCAGGCAGAGCUGGAAAGGUUUCAGCUUGAUGUCGCCACGCAGCAGCAACAGCAGCUGGAAGAAAAGGAUCAUCUCAGGAGCAAGCUGUCCAACUCAGAGCGGCGAAUCAAGAUGCUGGAGGCCAAGCUGAAAGGCAGAGUUGAAGCUCAGAGGACUCUUCAAGCAGAGAAGGAGGCUGUUGAGGAACAGCUGCGAAUUGCCGCCAAACAGCUCGAGGGCCUGCUCGCGGACGAGUCCAAAGACACAGACCUCCUGCGAGACCUGGCUGCCCUGUCCAAGCAGUUUGACCAGCUGCAUGCCAAGCACCGCGCGCAGCUGGUCAGCGCAGAAGAGCAGGCCAAACUCCUUCAAUCGGAGCAGGCCAUGCGGAAGGAGCUUGAGGCGAAGUUCUCUGCUGCACAGGCAUCUUGGCAGGCCAAAGAGGGCGAGGCCGUUGCGUGGCAGAAGCAUUGUGACGUUCUGGAGAAGGACCUUCGCGCCUUGCGUGCGGAAAAGGCUGCAAGCGAUGCCCAGGCGGAGCAUCUCAGCAAUGCACAAGGAGAGAGCAGACGGCUUGUGGAGGAGCUGCAGAAGGAGCUUAAGCGUCUGCGAGAAGAGCUCCAGGAGGCACAGAAGUUUGAGCCUUUGGAGCUGCUUCUUCGGCUAAAGCGGUUGGAGGAGGAACUCCAGGAGUCAGAGACGGCCAGGCGCCACCUGGAGCGUGAGCGAAAGCGGCGUCCAGGCAGUAGCGUCGCCAGCUUCUCUGCAAUCCUGGAGGACGACGAGACUGAAGACAGCGCCCAGACGAAGCCUGAGCCUGCACCUGCUCGACCUGCUCGACCUGCGCGACCUGUUCCAGAUCCAGGCACGAAUGGUGUCAUUUCUGCAUUGGAUGAGAUUCAGGAAAAGCUUGCAGCUCGGGAGAAGGCCUUGCAUGAGGCCAAGAACUUCACCAAGGAUCCUGUUGCAGCUUCUUCGGAUGUGCAAGCGACGAAGGGUCUGCCGUCCUUAGCGGAGCUGGAGCGCGACUUCGGAGCGUAUGCUCGAUCGGUGGGCUUCAAAGGUGACGUCAACCAGCUUUGGGAAGAGGCCCAGGCAGUGGCAGCGGCCACGUCGCUAGGGCAAGAGGUUGGAGACACGGCCUUAAAGAAGGUGCGAGAUGCCUUAGCAAGAAGAGAAGCUCCUGUAGCUGCUGACAUUCAGCUUCGGCCUUCGUCCGACGGAGCUGCCGUGUCAAGUCCUCCUCGCCGCGGCGUCCCCUGGAAGCCCAAUGGAGACCAUUUUCCAGGUGGUCACAAGGAGACUGGCGGGGACAAGAGCGAACUUCUGUCCGAUGGCCGAAAAGGCGGCACGUUGCCACUUGCGGCACAGGAUUGUUUCCAGCAGGCGGAGGUUCUUUGCCAACGACAGCGAUUCUCUGAGGCAGUUCCGCUUUUCCGGCGAACGCUGGAGAUUCUGCAGGAGUCGGGUCUUGGCUCGGAGCCCGGUACAAAUGGUGCGGUGAUCACGGCCGAGGUAUGGGCGCACUUGGGUGUUGCAAUGCAGUCAUUGGACCAGGUGCCGGAAGCCAUCGAAAGCUACAAGCGAGCAGUGGCGCUUGAUCCGGCUCUUCAUGUCUGCUUCGCGAAUCUUGCAACGCUUCAUGCGUAUCUCAACGACUCGAAGAAAGCCUUGGAGUACAUUGGGAGUGCCAUCGACCUCGACCGGGAAAAUCGGACCUACACACAGCUCAGGCGUCAGUUCUUGGACUGCCAGGUCCAGGAAGCCUCAGAGGUGACGGAUGGGCUAAACUGGGCUAAGCCUUCGCAACUGAACGCAAAUUCCUUCUCCGGAUUUCGAGUCAGCAUAGCUGCCUAG